CCAUCCUACUAUUUCUCCUUCCAACCAAACAUGCCCUUAAUAUUUAUUUUAAAAUUUAUCUUCCAAAUUCUUAUAAAAAAAAUCUCUUCUAAAUUCAAAUUCGAAUUUAUAUUGUCCCUUUUAUUCUCUGUGUUUUGCGCGCGCUUUCUUUCACUCUUCCGGAGAAGAAAAGAUGUACUUCAACGACACGGCGGAGGAGGAGCCUCAAGACUACUCCCAUUACUUCGAAGAUAGCCAAUACGACAACCACCACCAAGAUCAUCUGCGACACUGCGUUUCAAGCCAACCACCGCCAUUAACGACAUCAUCACCAUCAUCAUCGUGCUCGCAAGGUCACAGAUCCAGUAUGAUCCUCCAAACCAAUGAGGGCGGCUCAAUUUGUCUCAUCUGCUUCUCCAACCUCAUCUCCGAACCUCACUCUCCGACUCUCCAUGUCUCCUACGCUCUCUCUCAGCUCUCCAUUGCCAUUUCUCAACCUCCUUUCCUCCGCUCACUCCUCUCUUUCCACCCUCUUCUUCUCGUCUCCCCUCUCGUGUCUGCUCUCUCCUCCUUCGAUGACGCUCCCCUCGCUCGCCAGAUCGUUGAUCUCGUCGCUGCUCUGUGCGCUUCUGCCGAUUCCGAACACUCCUCUGUUCAUGGAAGCUUCGUAGCUAGGGUCUCCGAUCGCUUAUCUUCCGGUGCCUUGUGCUGGAGUCGGCGUCAGGUUUAUAUGCUUCACUGUCUAGGCAUUCUCUUAAAAUUUGAGAAAGAUGAUCUUUAUGCUCACAUUAGAGAUAAAUGCCACCUUGUUUCCAAUCUGGUUGGAGGUCUUCAAUUGCCAAGCGAUGAGAUUCGUGGAGAGAUCUUUUUUGUUUUGUACAGAUUAUUACUUCUCCAGGAUGGUGAUGGAGAUGAUAUUUUGUCUACCUUCUGUCCUAAGCUGUUGCACUUGUCAUUAGAGGCCUUAGUUAAGACUCAAGUUGACGAUGUCCGGUUGAAUUGUGUAGCACUUUUGACGGUAUUGGCACAGAGGGGAUUAUUUGGAAAUGCAUUUGCAGUUGAAACAACUAGCUUGUAUACAAAUGAAGCAGAUAGCGUAAUGCAAGCAGCAGAAGAUGGAAGAGAUGGAUCACCUUUGAAUGUUUUAUUUGCUGAAGCCAUCAAAGGUCCACUGCUUUCAACAGAUAGCCAAGUUCAAAUCGGUACAGUGAAUUUGCUGAUUCAUUAUAUGACUUCAGAAGGUACUUCAAUUGAACAGAUCCAAGUCCUGGUGGAAGAUAACAUUGCAGAUUAUGUAUUUGAAAUUCUAAGGUUAUCAGAUUGUAAAGAUCCAGUUGUCAAAUCUUGCCUCCAGGUACUUGAUCUCUUAUCUACAGCUAAGCAGGCCUUCAAGCAGAGACUUCUUGUUGGUUUUUCCACUCUAAUUCCAGUAUUGCAAUAUGUGGCUGAAAUACCUUUUCAUCCAGCUCAAAGGCAUACACUAAAGCUCAUAUGGACCUGUAUUUCUGACUGUCCUCGAAUACCAUCUGCUUCUCAAAUAAAAGAAAUAGUUGUUAUUUUGACAAGGAUGCUUGGAAAGCAUGCUGGGGGAGAGAUAGAUAUGCUUCCAGAGACAUUUACAAUGGCUUGCUUAAUCUUUGUGUCUCUCUUAAAAUCUCCAUCUUCUCAUGGAACUUUGAGUCUCACAACAUCAAUUAAAGAAGCAUUACAAUAUACCGUUUUAACUUGUCUCAGUAUUCCUGACAAAAAUUCCUGUCAACUUUUGCACUCUUUGUACCUACUUAAGGAGGUUUUUGAAUACAGUCAUGAUGAAAAAUUUGCUGAUACCAGUAACAUAGAACUUCGAACUUGCAUUGUUGAUAUAUGCGUAGUACAUCUGUUACCUUGGUUUUUAACUUUCUUCAAGGAGAUUGAAGAGGAAACAGUUCUAAUAGUACUGGAAACAUUUCAUUCAAUACUCAUUUGGGAUUCUGACAUACAAACAACAGAAUUUGCGGAUAAAUUGGUGUCAUCCUCUUGGUUCAGUUUGUCCUUUGGAUGUUUAGGCUUAUUUCCAACAGAUAAGAUGAAACAGAAAGUAUAUUUGGUACUCAGUUCACUAGUUGAUGUUAUUCUGGACAAGGAUUCUGGCCAAUCUAUUAGAGAUGUUGCUUUAAGUUUACCAUCUGAUCCUGUUGAUUUGCUCUUUCUACUCGGGCAAAGGAGCUCCAAUAACUUGGAAUUAUCUUCUACUCAAUCUGCCAUUUUGACAAUCUUAUUGGGUAGUUCUUUAUAUGAUGAAAGGCUUGCAGAUGACAAGCUGGUUUUAGCUUCAUUGGAAGAAUAUAUUUUUGUCAAUGGUAGAAAUUUCCAACAUCGGGCUACCGAUUCAUCUACAGUAAUGAGACUUCUGUUUCUGUAUAGUUUUUAUAGGAGUCUUGCUAAAGUGAGCUACCAAAUCCAGUACAGUCCAGAGGCCGAAAGGAUUUUGUUCCAGCUGGUCAAUGAUUAUGAAUGUGAUUUAGUUUCUGCAAGAGUUCAUCCAAUAGCAUUGAAAUGGAUGUUUCAACAAGAAAAAUGCUGCGAACUGUUAUCUGAUCAGAUUCUCAAGUUCUGUGGAAGUAAUAUCUCACAUGGUUCUGACACCACAUUUAACAAGAAUGCUUCUAGUUUUAAUAUACAAGCAAUUGCAGAGUUAGUAGCAUCGGGAGAUAACUAUGGGGCAAGGAUACUCACAUGCUUACUAAUGAAGCUCGUCAAGGAAGAAGUUGAAGAAGAUUAUAUAAUUUCUUUAGUAAAUCUCCUCACUAAAAUUGUCAAUGUUUCUCCAGCUGCUUCAGAUGAACUAUUCUUAAAUAAUAUUGGGAAUGCACUUUAUACUCUUUACAGUGAAAAGAAACAUUCAUUGUCGUCAGAGAUAUCCACGCCGGUGUUGGUUUUGAUUUUUAACAUAUUAUCUUCAGUACACUCCGAAACUCUUUCUGAUGAUGAAAUAUGGCUUGCAGUGAUUAUGAAGUUGAUGGACUACUAUAUCAGCUCCGAGCCUGCUAGAAAUUGGACUCAAAAUAAUCUUAUAGUCCUUGGAAUUCUUUCCUUAAUUUUGAACCACUCAACAAGCAAUGCACUUAUAGAAGCUUCAAAAUCCAUACUUUUAAAUUCUUCUCUGAUCUCUACAAUCGACAGCAUGAUCCACGAAGCAUGUCUAAAAGGGCCUGCAUUGGUGGACCAUGCCGAGGGAUCAUCAAGCUAUGGAGAGCAUUUACUAUAUGUGCUUCUACUUAGUUACUUCUCUUUAAGAAGUUUGCAUGCUGUUCUACCAGGAACCAUUGAUUGGCAAAGUUUCUUUGAUCCACCAGAUAGGAUGCAACCACUUUCCGUGAUUGGAAUCCCUUGCCAUGACUUGUGCAGACUGAUACAUUUCGGGUCCCCCCAAGUCAAGCUUGCAGCUUCAUACUGUUUGUUAGAGUUGUUCACCAGAAUAUCAGAUGUUAUAAACAGAGAAGGCGAGGAGCUAAAGUGUUCUGCCGAGUACCUAAUGUCUGUCAUCACCAUAUUAGAGGGUUUGGUUUUCUACAGUGACAAUCUGGUGGCUGUGAACUGCAGCCUCAGUUUGUCGAUGAUUAUAGGAUGUGAAACUCAAAACGCACCAAACAAUUGGAGUAGAGUGAUAGUGGAAGAGUUGACAGUGUCUAUGUCAGCUCCAUGUUUAGCCUCAAAAUCUUUUGUUAAUGAGCACAAGGCUGCUGUUAAUGUUGCUGUUGCAUUGCUAAAACUGGAGAAGAUUCCUGUCUGGUUGAGGUCUGUUUUUGAUGAUCACUGUAUAUCUGGCAUCAUCGAAAACCUCACGUCCGGUAAUGUAACUUCAGAGAUUGUAGUUUUAUUCCAAGAGCUACUGAAAUCUGGAUUGUUGAAGGAAGAACACAUUGCAAGUCUAAGUCGGGUCUUUCAGGCUUGCAGAAAACGAUUAUAUAGUGACAACACAAAUGAUGAUUGUGAAAAUGAGCAUAUUUUAAAGAAGGUGAGCAUCACCACAAUGUCCGAUGACUUGGAAAAUUUUUGUGAGUAUCUUAUUUACUUGAUGUCAUCUCAACAUAGUUAUUCAAGGAAUAAGAGUCUGUUGGUGGAAAUAGAGUCGUUUUUUAGAACUUUAACAAUAGAAUAAGGUGAGAUGAUAACUAAUAAUAGGACAAUCAUAGUUAUAAACUUAAGCCAUAAACACAAUAAUAAUUAAUUCACAAUUCAUAUACUUUUGUUUCCCAUAUACUACAAAGUACAAACCAAAGAAAGUAUCAUAGAAGUUCAAGUUGUGUAACUACCUCUUUCAAAAAAAAAAUGUUGUGUAUCUACAACCAUAGUGCUUACUUAAUUCACAGUAU